AGCCGGGGCCAGCAACGCCUGCGUGCAAGCUCAACGCCUCCGAGGAAAGCCGCGACGAGUCCCCUGUAGCCCGCACCAUGCAGGCCACAGCCGAUUCCACCAAGAUGGACUGUGUGUGGAGCAACUGGAAAAGUCGGGCUAUUGACCUGCUGUACUGGCGGGACAUCAAGCAGACAGGAAUUGUGUUUGGGAGCUUCCUGCUGCUGCUCUUCUCCCUGACCCAGUUCAGCGUGGUGAGUGUUGUCGCCUACCUGGCCCUGGCCGCGCUCUCGGCCACCAUCAGCUUCCGCAUCUACAAGUCUGUUUUACAAGCUGUGCAGAAAACCGAUGAAGGCCAUCCUUUCAAAGCCUACCUGGAUCUUGAGAUCACCCUGUCCCAGGAGCAGGUCCAGAAGUACACAGACUGCCUGCAGCUGUAUGUGAACAGCACGCUGAAAGAACUCCGAAGGCUCUUCCUUGUCCAGGACCUGGUGGAUUCCUUAAAAUUUGCAGUCCUGAUGUGGCUCCUUACCUAUGUUGGCGCUCUCUUCAAUGGCCUGACCCUGCUGCUCAUGGCUGUGGUUUCAAUGUUCACUCUGCCUGUAGUCUACGUUAAGCACCAGGCACAAAUUGACCAAUAUCUGGGACUUGUGAGGACUCACAUAAAUGCUGUGGUGGCAAAAAUCCAGGCUAAAAUCCCAGGUGCCAAAAGGCACAUUGAGUAAAUGGACAUCCUAGCAAGGACUGGACACAAACAGGGAUGUCUGCAGUGGUAACCGCUCUUUUUACUCAUUACUGCAAAUCGAUUGUUUUCCCCUCUCAGUUAUCAUAAUCUUAGAGGCAAACUUUAAAACAGCUGUUUUUAGGCUGUUCUGUACUCUUAGAAUAUUGAGUCACUUGUGUCAAGCACUAAAGUAUAGAGAAAAGUGUACUAGAUGUGGUUUUUAAUUUUGUGUUGCUAAAAAACAAAAAAGUGCAUGAUGGUGAAAGCCCAUGUUAUCUUUUCUUCUAUGGUGUUCUCCUCCUCCUCCUCUUCCUUCUCCUCUUCCUGUUCUUCCUCCUCUUCCUCUCUGCCAUGCUUCUGUAGCUUCUAACCUGCAGCUAGACCUCUCCUGCCCAGUGAGCUGACGCAAUAGUGAAAAUUGCUUAUUUGUCCUUGGGUUGCUGGUUGGAUUCAUCUUUAAUAACACUAUAUAGAAUUGUAGAGUGAUGUUUUAGCAUUUUUCCAACACAACAUAAAAAAAUGUAAAAAGCAGUUGAUGGUAAUCAGUUUUGUAUAACUUAAAAUAAUGAAAUGAAUAAAAACCCCAACAGGAACAAGGUCCUUUUGUUGUCUGGGAUCAAUGGGCUGAUUUACAUGUAUGGUCACUCAAAAGUUACCAGCAUGUUAACUUUAUUACAAUUUGUAUUACUUUCUCUGUAGUUCCUAAUGGAGUUAAAUAUGGACUCUGGAUAUUGGCACUUAUGUACUUGAUACUGAAUGCAUAAAUAAAUGUUACUAAAUGUAGAAAGUU